GGACUAUCCUGUCUGAGGACCCAGAAGGGCUUCCCCACACAGCCUCCAGCUUGGCUUACUGGCUCAGGGUAACUCCUCUAGAGCCCUUAAAAAAAGGGCAUUUGCUGUCAGGCAUUGGUGGAGAGGCACAAAGAGCCUGAGGCUGGGGAGGCCCUAACUCACUUUGAGCAGCAAGAGGACGAAAUGGGUGACCUUCUGCUGGAGCUUGAGUGCCCAUGGCUGGUUGUACCUGCACUUAAUCUCCUGCUUUCUCCCCAAGGGCAAAGGAAAGGAACCUGACUCUUGCUCCCCUCCCCCAGACCACUGGUUCCUUACCCAUCUGCCCAUCCAGCAGUGAUGAUCCCCUGUGUACGGAGGGCAAGCCUGGCACAGGAUGGGAUGCCUGUGUCUGCUCCAAUCCUGCCACACCCUUUCCUAUUGGGGAGGGGGGGGAUUUCCUCCAGAUCUCAGUUUCUCAGGCCAUGAAAUGGGGUGGCUCUGGGGGUGGAGAGAGAUUGUCGUUUCCAUGGAUACUCUGGCUCCAGUAAGUGGUAAUAAAAGUGUCAAAGAAGGAAUCUCAGAGGAGAAAAGAAGAGGGGCUCAGAAGGAACCAGAAGGGGUUGGAUAGAGUCUUGGCUUGGGAUUCCAGCACACAGUGUGAGGCCCCAAAGCAGUGACAUCAUCUGCCAGCCCUCAGAUUAGCAGAUGCCUCCCUCUUCCUCUAGGGUCACUUUUUCCCACAAUUACAGUUCUGACCCCCCUCCCCUGAGGUGGGGCCCUCCUCCCCCAUGAGCCCAGCCCUUUCCCCAGGACUGCUUCAGAAAUUGGGGGGGAAGGGGACAAAAGAAGGGAGUAAGGCUAGAACAUUCCUGUAUUGGGCCUAGAGGAGGGAGGAGCACUUCCUUACCUGAGGGCCAGCCUCUCCCCUUGUUUGCUCUGAGAUAGCCGGUCUUGCUGGGGCCCAGUACCAGGAGGCUGCCCUGUGGGCACUCCCUUCCUUCUCCCAGACCCAGACACCCAGCCGGACCAACAGUUGGCAGGACAUGACCAUGGCCUGGCUCCCGGGGUCCUUCCUCUGCGGAGCCCUGCUGGGCUGGGUCUGCUUAAGUGUCCCCGGGCUGGCGGUGGAGGUGAAGGUGCCCGCCGAGCCCCUGAGCGCGCCCGUGGGCAAGACGGCCGAGCUGAUCUGCAGCUACAGCACGUCCGUGGGGGACAACUUCGCCCUGGAGUGGAGCUUCGUGCAGCCCGGGAGGCCCAUCUCAGCGUCCCAACCCAUCCUGUACUUCACCAAUGGCCAGCUGUAUCCAACUGGUUCUAAGUCAGAGAGGGCCAGCCUUCUUCAGAACCCCCCCACAGGAGGAGUGGCCACCCUGAAACUGACUGAUGUCCGCCCCUCAGACACUGGAACCUACCUCUGUCAUGUUAACAACCCUCCAGAUUUCUACACCAAUGGGUUGGGGCUAAUCAACCUUACUGUGCUGGUGCCCCCCAGUAGUCCCUUGUGCAGUCAGAGUGGUCAAACCUUCGUGGGGGGCUCUGCUGCAUUGAGAUGCAGCUCUUCCGAGGGAGCCCCCAGGCCAGUGUACAACUGGGUCCGCCUUGGAUCUUCUCCUACACCUUCUCCUGGCAGCAUGGUGCAAGAUGAGGUGUCUGGCCAGCUCAUUCUCACCAAUCUUUCCCUGGCCUCCUCGGGCACUUACCGCUGUGUGGCCACCAACCAGAUGGGCAGUGCGUCCUGUGAGCUGACCCUCUCAGUGACUGACUCUUCCAAAGGCCGAGUGGCCGGGGCUGUGAUCGGAGUGCUCCUGGGUAUGCUGUUCCUGUCAGUUGCUGUGUUCUGCCUGAUAAGGUUCCAGAAAGAGAGAAGGAAGAAGCCCAAGGAAAUAUAUGGGGGCAGUGACCUACGGGAGGAUGCCGUCGCACCUGGGAUUUCGGAGCAAACGUCUGUGAGGGGGGAUUCUAACAAUGGACUCCUGGAGAGGGCCCCCUCUGCCAGCACGGUGACGACCGCCAAGUCCAAGAUCCCUAUGUUUGUGUGAUUUCUCUCCCAAUCCCCGAGGAUGAUUAUCAAUAAUUAAAGACUUUGGGUACAA